AUGACGAGUUCCAGAUCAAACAAUAAAGCAAGAUCCUCAAAGAAGCAAUCCACGAAACGUGUUGUGUCAAGCGUUCCGUCGACAAAGAAGUUUCAAUCGUCUCACUUGAUAACUGAGUCAUUUCGAUCCAUGGAUACGGAAGAAGAGAUGCAGCAUUUCCGAAUCAAUGGUGAAUCGUCCACAGGAGGUAGGACGCUAGAGCAACGCCUACAGCAACGUGAUGCCACGGACGAAGCAUUCAUGUCUUAUUCGGUUGCGGAAAAGUCAGCCAUUCGGAUACAACAAAACUUCCGACUGAAGAAACUGAAACGGCAGCAAGAACAUGACAAACAACAUGGUAUGGAACCGGAGACAACGGAUUCGGAAGAAGAAGAUGGAACGACAAUCAAGGAAAACGAUGUCGAUCAGAUGCAUCGGGUCACUGUCAUAUUUCUGGGAUUGUUGGCAAUUUGGCAAUUUGCCCAAAAGUGCAUCUCGUGCUUUUGUAAUGACAGCAGUGCCGAGGCCGAAAUCCGAGACAUUAUCAUUGAUGAAGGCGUUGAUGAAGGUGCCGAUGCUCUUGGAGUCAUGGCUGUACAGGCCGCUUCCAGUGCUGGAGAUGGCGCUGCUUCGGGGCUCACUGCCGUUACAAUUCCAGUUGGUGGCCCAAUCGGAGGUCCAUUUGGAGCCCCUGGUGGUGGAGGACCGGAAGUUGUUGCAGCGCAAGUAGCAGUUGCAGCUGGUAUGGCUGGAGCGAUUGCUGGUGCGGCCAGUGUCAUUGCUUCCGGUGGGGUACUAGUCCCGCUCAAUACUACUGCUGUUGGAUUCACAAAUCGUUGUGGUUUGCCCAAUCCAGCUGUCCGAGAAGGCCAAUUCAGUCUAACGUUCAAGGGUUUUGAUCGAAUAUUCGAUGCUCGAGAAUCACUUGUUGUGGAAAACCUGAUCGUGGAAGCCUACAAUGAAAUCACCGUUGGAGAUAGCCUGGAGAUCGAUGGUGUCUGUGCCGAUCCAAUCGCGCGCGAAAUGCAAGCUUUGGCCCUUGUGGAUCAGAUUUUGCAGUCCUUUGAUGAUGAAGGGGUACAAUUUUCAGCAGUGGAAACCAUUUUCAAUGCAACUCUGACGUGCGAUCAAUGCUCGGCCUACCAGCCCUUGUUCUCUUUGGAACAAGAAGAGGAGGUGGUGGCAGAAGAAGAAACUCUGGAAGAAGAAGAAGAAUUGGAUCUUGAUAGUCUACCUGCUUUCACAAACACGUCAGCCGUUCGUCUCCGCCGUCAAAGAAGGUUGAAGAACCAAAUCUUCGAAACGAGCAGGCAAUUGCAAGGCUUUGACUUUGAAAGCAUUGAAUUCUUUCAAAGAUUGAUUCAGUUGGUAGUCUUUAAGAUGGAGGCACUAAGCAAGAGCGGGGAGCUGGUGGGAGGUUUCAUUGAGAUCAACAAGGCCUAUGUUAUUCCCAAUUCAGAAGAAGGGGGCGAGGUUCUAAAAAUGGACGUGACCUAUGUAAGCAAGGGCGAGAAUGGUUUGUUUAACUUCAACUAUAUCGACGAGGAGACUGGUGAAGAAAUGUCUACCUCAGUGCUUGUCGAUCCUUCGGAUUUGAACCCUAUUCAAACUACCGCACCUUCCUUGGCUCCCCCCGAUAGUCCCAACCAAGCACCUCAGGCACCGCAAGCUCCAACAAUAGGUGGCGACAUGCCCGCUGGAACUCCAACAAUAGAUGGCGACAUGCCCGCUGGAACUCCAACGAUAGGUGACGACGCACCAGCUGACACUCCAACGAUAGGUGACGACGCACCAGCUGACACGCCAACGAUAGCGGACGACGUGCCAGCUAACACUCCAACAAUAGUUGACGACAUGCCGGCUGUCACUCCAAUCCCAAUUGAAGAAAAUACCAUAAGCGCGGCUCCGUCCAUGGAAGAUACUACUGCAAGUGAGGCUCCGUCCAUCUCGGUCAGCCUGGAACCAACCAUCAGUUUGUCAGAACAGCCAACUAAGGAACCUAUCAAUUUCUCGGGACAGCCAACCGAUUUUCCAUCCCCGAAACCAUCCAUGCGUCCAUCGGUUGUUCCAUCAGACACCCCAAGCCAGUUGCCCAGCAGAUUACCCAGUGAUGCCCCGAGCGCCAGCCCAAGUAAUGUGCCCAGUGGUUCGCCAAGUCGAUUGCCCACCGAGUCGCCCAGUGUUCAACCAAGCUUGUCCAUGGUCCCCAGUAGAACUCCUUCUGGAGUGCCUUCUGGCAGCCUGGUUCCAUCGGUGUCUCCAAGCGAGAAUCCAACCAAUGAACUAUCCAUGAGGCCAAGCAGAAGUGUAAUGCCAUCCAAUCUUCAAUCUGCUGGACCUUCCCUUUCCAAUGCUCCCACUACGAAACCUUCUCGCGUGCCAAGCAGCACUCCGUCGACUGACACGCCCAGUAGGAUUCCAUCCAUGCGUCCCAGUAUUUCCCCCAGUACUGCUAAGCCAUCAGAGAAUCCAUCCGUCAGCUUCCAGCCUUCGACCAAUCGUCCAAGUGUUUCUCCCAGCACCUCUCGACCAUCCGUGAAUCCAAGUGUUUCCAUGACACCCUCCAGGCGACCGGUUGCACCAGUCCAUCCAAAUAAAAACUAA